UCCCGCCACUGUACUGCCAGAUAUCCCUACAGCCUACCAGGACAAAGAUAAUUUUUCCACUAUUUACAGUUGUUCCACAGAGCCCAUCAGCACCAGGAUGUUUUGUUCAUCAGUGGCCAAAUGUGGUGGUGAUAGCAUGCACUCACUCUUCAGUGUUCAUCUCAUCCUGAUGCUGAUGAGGAAGACAUAAAUUGUGGCGGAGCUGCAUUGGACUAUUCCAAGAAAGGAAUAAAGGAUAAAGGCUCUGGGCCUAUAAACCAUCAACAGCACCUGAUGAAAGUUGAGCAUCUUGAAAGCAUCAGAGCAGAUAAUUCAUAUGAAAUGAACAGACAUAAGACUGCUGCACGUAGAGACAACAUGGAGAUGACCCAGAACUUCAGUCAAGAGAACUACGGAAAUGGAGAUCUGUCUUCUUCAGACGAUGACUCGUUAAGCUUGUUGAAGGAUCUCAGUCCCAGGCAAAACAAAGAAGUAGCUCAGGUUGUGCUCAUAGCUCAUUCAGAUCCAAAAGCUGGGAACAAAGAGACAAAACAGAAAAGAGAGAUGAAAAUAAAUCACCUCAAACCAACUGAACCUGUGACGUCCAACUGUAUCCAGUCUACAUCAGGCUACGCAGAGGCUUCAUCACAAGCAGCAAAAGUCUCACGACGUGUGAAAAUUCCCUCCCAAAAAAACCUUCACAAGAGAAAUGGAAAGGGAGAGACUCUUCUACACGCUGCAUGCAAGAAAGGAGAUCUCGAUCAAGUCAAAAUGCUCAUUCAAGCAGGAAUUAGUGUCAACAUGGAGGACUACGCAGGAUGGACGGCUCUUCACGAGGCGUCUGCUGUGGGCAAUGAAGCGGUGGUGGAGGAGCUGUUGAAGGCUGGAGCUGAUGCUAAUGUUAGAAGCUGUGAUGGAGUGACACCUCUACAUGACGCUGUUUUCAGUGGACACUAUCAGGCAGUGAAGCUUCUCCUUCAGUCUGGAGCAAAUCCCAGCGACAGGAACACUAGUGGCCUCAGUGCAUUAGAUAUGGCAAAGGAAGAACACAUCAAAGAGCUGCUCAGGACUUUUCAGGUGUCUUCUGUUAAUCACACAAAGUCCUAUAAUGCAUCUUCACAGCACAGACAACCAGGUGCCACGUCCUCAGAGCCUCACUGCCAGAGCAGUCGUAACUGCAGUGCAACCUCAAACCUACAGUGGAAGGAUUCAGGUGAUAAAGCCAAAGCCAGGGGGCCCAGAGACUUUCAGCUGAGACAGAAAGAUGCCACCACUCAUAAUCCGAGUCAUUCAGAGGCAAUAACUGUGAUUUUGGGGGAGGUCAGAAGGAAACAAACAGAAAUGUCAACUUGGCCUCUGACAAGUCUGAAUGAUGCAGACAGAUAUCAUGCAGCUCUAACAGAGAUUCAGAGUGUGCUGAUUGAGGCGCUCGCCAAGCAGCAGUCGGAGAAGGAUAAUCUUGCCCGAAAAUAUCGGAGCGUGCCUGACUGCCUUCGUCAUUGUUUGCUAAAAAGUCAGAUCUCAUCCCUUGCUUCAUGCCAGAGAACCUUGAUAGAGAUCCUCCAGAAGCAAAUGGAUUUGGUGGACAUGUACAUUACCAUGAGAGCCAAACUUUCACUGGAUUCUUCAAAACCCAGAGAAACACGUGGAUAUAAUCAACGUAGUCAUAAAGCACCUACACCUGCUAGUCUGUUGAGGUCGACCAGAUGCCACCAGUCAGCCAGUAGCUGUCCAGACACUCCACAGCCAGGAAGUGCUUUACAACGUUUCAGUAUAAUGAUCAGACGAAAAAAUGCUUUGAUUCAGAACAGAGUCGAGGACAACAGCAGAUGUCUCUCUGUGCUCAUACAGAGGGGAAUCGUCUCACCUGGAAGUGCCCUACAGCUGCUGUUGAAGGGUCACUGUCACUUUGCUAAUGUGCUGGCUGAUGGCUCCAUUCUGAGUAAAGGAAAGGUGCACUUGGCUCCUGAAUGCUGGCUCAAGUCGAUUCUUGGGAAAAACAUCCCAGUCAGCUCAGCAUAUGCCUGGGACAAGGUGACACUCAGAGGCAGACCUUUGUCUUUUUACUUACUGAACAUGGAGGGUGAUGAAAACACGCCACAAAGGUGUCUUGAGGAAAACCGCACAGGCAGUUCUUCUAAAGAGCUGAUAACUACUGGCAAGUUCAUGUCUGCUGGAACAGAGAGCUUGAACCAUCACAUGAAGAUCAAGAUCAUCCAUUUGGUGAAUGAUGAAGAGCUGCUGCCAAAUGCUGUAAUGGACAUGUACUGGGACAAGCUCAUAAAGGAAGACUACUCAGAGUCUGAAGACUGGGCAAGUUAAUUAUUGUAACUUUCUUUACUUCAUAUUUUGUCCUUAACUGUUCUGCUUAGUUGCUCAUUUAGGAUCAUUUGCAUUUGCUGUACUGUUUCCUAUGUAUAUAUAUAUAUAUAUAUAUAUGUAUAUAUUUUUCUUUUUUAUUUCUUUUUGAGCUUUGCUAAAAUAAAACUUGCUGUAACUUCUCCCUCAAACACAGUCCAAAGUGGUUUAUCAUUUAAACCCGAAGAACAAAGACAUUUAUCUUCUGCCACUAUCAGUAAAACAGGGAACACAAACCACAUUUUUCUUUUUAGAUGAUUUUUUGGCAUCUUAUCAGAAAGCUAGAGUGCAGGGAUUGCAGUAAAUAUCGAGGAUAAAGAUACAACAAAGUCUUGAUACCACACCACAUCUUAUUGACUUGCUGCUUUGGUUCAAACGAAGGUGACAUCAGGUGCACUGGAAAGACAAGAACAACAAAUGGGUUUUAUGGAUGGUGGCUACGCACCAUUAUUCUCUCUUUAUCCUUGCUGACUGAUUCUUUUCAACUUUUGUUUUUUAGCCCUCAGAUGUAAAAAGCUGAUGGUCUAUGGUUGUCUCCUUGCCAAGCGGGCAGCGUGACCUUGACUUCAAGUGAGGAGUCUUGGUUAAAAACAUUGGCACCGGUCAUUCUAACACUGGCAGAAAUGUGGGACCCAAACACGGCACCUAAAGAUGGUUCAACCACCAACAGGUGGCAGCAUACACUGCACAGACAACCAGACAACAAUAAGUGUGUCAGAGAGGAAAGAUUCCCCCCUGCAGAAACAGGAUGUGUCCAGACAUGGGGGUUUAUACAGUCAUGUGAUCCCACUCUGCUCCUCCUUAUCUCUUAUGUAAUCCCCAUCUCAGCCGUGGGUUGCCCCCACCCCACCCCUCACAACUGCUGACCUGAAUAUGGUAAUUGUGACCACUUAUCUGUAGAUGUAUAUGUUUUCUUUCUCUAGAAGCUGAUGUGCGGAGAACAUAGAUGUCUUGAGGAGUAAAGUAAUGGAGUCUGUAGGUCUGCGUGAUGGAUUGUUAAGCCUGCACACAGCAGCUGUCACACCACUUCCUUGUUGGCAGUGUGUGGUGAAAAAUUUGUGUUAUUUUCCAUUGCUGAUCUUCAUUAAAAUGUAAGGGAGUGUUGUUAAGAGAUCAAUUUACUGAGGAAGUAGCAUGCCUUUAAAAAUGGCCAGAAAUGCUUUGUAGGCAGAAGAAAGACACAGAUGAAGAUAAAUCAGGCUUUUUAAUAAUGAACAAGUUAAUAAAGCUGGAUCAG